AUGCCUGGAGACCAACUAACCGAGGAGACGAUUCAGAGGGUGUUCCUGAACGCGACGUCUGCGAAAAUCGAGGAAUUCUUUUCGAAAUGGAACUUUUCCAAUGCGAACUCGACGAAAUUCGGUAUGAGCGAGGCGGAGAGAAAUCUGCUCGGCGAUGAGAUUUCCGCGAAAAUCGACAACGACGAUUUGGCGUCGAUUCUUCUGGAGACAGUUCGGUUGAUCAGUCGCGAGAGACAAGGAUUGGAGAGUCUUCUAAACGAAAAUCUGUGUGAUACGAUACUGAAAUUGGCCGGCAUCACUCCAGUCGUGGGAUACCCGAGAUCGGUUCAUGCACUAAUGGAAGCGCAGAAGUGUCUUGUCAACACCAUGUUUCAUUCGGCAAAGAUGCGAGAGAGAUUCUACAUGAAUCUCGUCAACGGCGACCAAAUUCAACGUUUCUUAUCGGAAUUCGAGGAUUCUCGACGCGAAAAUUCCAAUAUUCAGUGGAUCCGGGAAAUGAAUCCGACGCAGGCGGCAGAAGUUUGGUACUUUUAUCAUCGGAUCGCUUUUAUCGCAACCGCUAUGGAUAAAGGGUUUCAGAGACACUGGGCCGACCAAUCCACGACCGUUUCCAAUAUCCUGUGUGCCGCCGAGGUGUGCCUCCAGAAGGCAUCCGACGACGUCGCCAAUCUCGAUCUGCUGAGAGCCAACGAGGCCAUGAAGACGUUCUUCAACGUCUUCUGCCAUUUUCAUGGAGACGUGCCCGGGUUGGAUGAGAAAAACACCCACCUCGCGUGCCGCAUCCUCCGCGACGUCAUCUGCUCCGGAAUCCCUAACGACGACGUCAUCCAAUCGGCCAUCCACGCGCUCUCGGUUCCACCACUCCCCAUGGAUCUGUCCGUCCUCCUCUCCGACCCCAAUUUCCCCAUUGUCCCCCUCCCAGAGACAAUUUCAGAGGAAGAGAGGGUCCAUCCAAGGGACUACUAUGUGAAUAUGACACUAACUGAAGCCAUCCUGGCCGCUCUUGAUAAGCAACUGAUUAAAGCUGUCGAUUUGUUGAAUUCGGUGCCUUUUAAUCAAGUUUCGCCCGAAGGAAAUACGCUCGUUGACUUGAGUGGACCAUAUUUUCAAGCGCUAGCCAGAUUGUGUGUGGAGAGCAAGUACGCUAGACGGUACUGUCGGAUAAGGGUCCUCCCACCACUGGUCGCCGAUGAGGUAAAAAAGCGUCCCGAGGAGCACGACUCGCUUCGCGGACGCAUCGUUCGCGUCAUGAUGCUCCCAUCUACCACCAAAGAAGUCGCUUCUGAAUUCCUCUUCAUCAUUUGUAAGCGAUCAGUGAGCCGCAUGAUCAAAUACGUCGGAUUCGGACACUCGGCAGGUCAUUUGGCCAAUUUUGGGCUCCUUGGACAGAUCAACCAACCGAAACAUGCAUCGGAUAGUGAGGAUAGUGAGACGGAGGACUAUAAUGCGGUUAAGGAUAAUGUCAACCCGGUGACCGGAGCAAUGUACCCGCCGGAUCAUGGAAGUGCGAUGGAUGGAAUGUCGGAUGCGCAGAAGGAGUUUGAGGCGAUGAAAUUGGUGGAUGCGAUGAACAAGCUGAUGGAUCAGGGACUCGUCAAGCCAGGGACUAUCGGCGACGACGGCAAAGUUCGCGAAGUUUCGCACGUAUUGGAGUUGCUCAAAGACGCGCCGGAGCCAGACACGAUGGAUUCGGAUUCGGAUUAA